CCCCUCACAUCCUUUUGAGGGAGACCUCCAAGAACCUUAUUGAAAAAAAAUCUCACAUCCAUUCACAUUAUGGGGAACGGCAGUAGGCUACACACACUGUAGUUUUAUCAUUCUGUGCUCUUAAACCUGGUAAUAACCAUGCGGGGCUUCGAGUACCGUUUGUGUAGGAAAAGACUGACGAAAUCGGAUUGCUUAAGCCUCUUUGGGUAAAUACCGCAAUCGAUCGAAUGCCAGAUUUUACCGACCACUGCUGGAUGAUGUCGCGCGUUCCUUGACACUGAUCCCAAUCCUCGAAUGCGGGAGAGAAAAUGUGGAAAGAGGAAUAUGACGUUCAUUUCGACUUUCUUCUCGAUCUCCUUGAUGCCAACCUCCUCACGGAUGUGCUGUCGGACUCAGAGUCGGAGCUGGGCGGCCUGGAGCAGCUGGAGAGAAGCAGCACGGAAACCCUGGCCAACGGUUGCCGUGCCGACUGCGAUGCCGCCAAACGCCUGGCCAAGCGUCUGUUCUACCUGGAGGGCUUCAGACGCUGCGACGUGGCACGCCACCUGGGCAAGAAUAACGACUUCAGCCAGCUGGUGGCGUCAGAGUACCUCAGCUUCUUUGACUUCUCUGGCCUGUCAUUGGACAAGGCCCUGAGGAACUUCCUGAAAGCCUUUCCUCUGAUGGGGGAGACCCAGGAGAGGGAGAGAAUCCUGGUCCACUUCUCUAAGAGGUUCUGUGUCUGCAACCCCACAGCCCUCGCCCCCGAUGGCAAGGACAGAUCCAAACGGGGUGAUGAAGAAGAUGAUGAUGGAGCCCAUACGUUAACCUGUGCCCUAAUGCUGCUCAACACUGAUCUACAUGGACACCCUUCAUGUGUCUCUCUUGUCCAGAACAUUGGGAAAAAGAUGUCUUGCCAGCAGUUCAUCAGUAAUCUGGAUGGCCUAAACGAUGGCAAGGACUUCCCUAAAGACCUGUUAAAGGUGCUGUAUAAUUCAAUAAAGAACGAGAAACUUGAAUGGGCAAUUGAGGAAGAGGAGUUCAGGAAGAGUCUAUCGGAGCUGGUGGAGGAGCAGUAUGAGGGAGGGGGGAAGAGGGGGGUUGCCAGGGUAACGGAUGGCAAUAACCCUUUCAUCGCCAUCCCCAUCCUACCCAACGCUGUCACUUAUAAACAUGGUGUCCUGUCCCGCAAGAGCCACGCAGACAUGGACGGCAAACGCACCCCACGAGGACGACGAGGCUGGAAGAAGUUCUAUGCGGUUCUAAAGGGGAUGAUCCUUUAUCUACAGAAGGAUGAGUAUAAGGCUGAUGCAGAGCUGUGUGAGGGGGACCUGAAGAACGCUGUGCGUAUCCACCAUGCGUUAGCCACCCGCGCUACAGACUACAGCAAGAGACCCAACGUCCUCAAACUAAAGACCUCUGACUGGAGAGUGUUCCUGCUGCAGGCACCGAGUGAAGAGGAAAUGAUGUCGUGGAUAUUCCGUAUUAACCUGGUAGCAGCUCUGUUCUCCGCCCCGGCCUUCCCUGCUGCCAUCGGCUCCAUGAAGACGUUCUGUAGACCUCUAUUGCCCUCCUCCUCUACCCGGCUAAACCAGGAGGAUCAGCUGCAGUCCCACGAGGGGAAGCUGAAGCAGAUGAGUGUGGAGGUGGAAGAGCACAGGAAGAACCCUCCCUCGCCUUCUCCUAAGAGCAGAGAGUGGGAGGAGUAUCGAAUCAAAGAGCACUACCUCAUAUAUGAGAAGAGUCGGUACGAGACGUAUAUCAACCUGCUCCAGGCCAAGAUGAGGGCAGAGACAGACGACCUGGAGAAGAUAGAGGCUAGCGUGAUGAGCGGGAUUGGGGAGGGCCGAGGGGGGCGCGAGGGAUACCUCCGGAAGACCCAGUCCUCUCCUUCCAUCAGCCAGCACGAUGUCAAUGGCAGGGCCUCUGGACGCACUGGCCCGGGCCAGCAGAGUUGAGAGGAGAACCCCCUAAAAAAUAUAAUGCACCCCCCGAAACUCUGUCCUCUGAGCCAGAGGGCUCUCCCCUCCAAACGCCUGAGAACUGGACCCCCAAAUCCUCCCUCCUUCCUAUUUCAUUGCACAGUAAAGCGGUAAUAAUUGUUCCAGCUAUACAGUAUUAAUGGUGUUAUUUAACCAACAGCUAAUUGUCUCUGGCAGUGCUUAUAAGAACACUUAUAAUGGAGAACAUGAAGAUGUGGAAAAAAGGACGAAAGAGGAGAGAGGACUUACCGGCAUAAAGGAAGUGUGGAGUGUAGUUUUUUGGUUUGAGGAGUUGGAUGGUGGAUUUCAGGGUGGAGGGGUACAGUAGCAUAGUAGUAGCCUAGCAGUUAAGAGAUUUGGGCCAAUAACCAUCGCUGUUUUGAAUCCCGAGCAGACUAGGUGAAAAAUCUGUUAAUGUGCCCUAGAGCAAGGCACUUAACCCACAAUUGCUCCUGUAAGUCGCUCUGCAUAAGAGCAUCUGCUAAAUGACUAAAAUGUCAAAUGUACACUACCGUUCAAAAGUUUGGGGUCACUUAGAAAUGUCCUUGUUUUUGAAAGAGAAGCUAAUUUUUUGUCCAUUUAAAAUAACAUCAAAUUCAUCAGAAAUACAGUGUAGGCAUUUUUAAAGUUGUAAAUGACUAUUGUAGCUGGAUUGUAGCUGGAUUUUUUUUAAUGGAAUAUCUACAUAGGCGUAUUCCAAUGGCACGUUGUGUUAGCUAAUCGCAGUUUAACAUUUUAAAAGGCAUUAGAAAACCCUUUUGCAAUUAUGUUAGCACAGCUGAAAACUGUUGUUCUGAUUAAAGAAGCAAUAAAACUGUCCGCCUUUAGACUAGUUGAGUAUCUGGAGCAUCAGCAUUUGUGGGUUCAAUUUCAACAAAGACCUUUCUUUGGAAACUCGUCAGUCUAUUCUUGUUCUGAGAAAUGAAGGAUAUUCCAUGCGAGAAAUUGCCAAGAAACUGAAGGUCUCGUAUAACGCUGUGUACUACUCCCUUCACAGAACAGCACAAACUGGCUCUAACCAGUAGAAAGAGGAGUGGAAGGCCUCGGUGCACAACUCUCAACGUCAACAGUUAAGAGUUGCAAAGAAAAAGGCAUAUCUCAGCCUGGCCAAUAAAAAUAAAAAAUUAAGAUGGACAAAAGAACACAGACACUGGACAGAGGAAGAUUGGAAAAAAGUGUUAUGGACAGACGAAUCUAAGUUUGAGGUGUUCGGAUCACAAAGAAGAACAUUCGUGAGAUGCAGAAAAAUUGAAAAGAUGCUGGAGGAGUGCUUGACGCCAUCUGUCAAGCAUGGUGGAGGUAAUGUGAUGGUCUGGGGGUGCUUUGGUGGUGGUAAAGUGGGAGAUUUGUACAGGGGAAAAGCGAUCUUGAUGAAGGAAGACUUUCACUCCAUUUUGCAACGCCAUGCCAUACCCUGUGGGCGGCGCUUAAUUGGAGCCAAUUUCCUCCUACAACAGGACAAUGACCCAAAGAACAGCUCCAAACUAUGCAAUAAUUAUUUAGGGAAGAAGCAGUCAGCUGGUAUUCUGUCUAUAAUAGAGUGGCCGGCCAGCACAGUCAUUUGAUUUCAACCCUAUUGAGCUGUUGUAGGAGCAGCUUGACCGUAUGGUAUGUAAGAAGCGCCCAUCAAGAACAAUCCAAUUUGUGGGAGGUGCUUCAGGAAGUAUGGGGUGAAAUUACCUCAACAAAUUGACAACUAGAAUGCCAAAGCUCUGCAAGGCUGUAAUUGCUGCAAAUAGAGGAUUCUUUGAUGAAAGCAAUGUUUGAAGGACACAAUUAUUUCAUUUAAAAAUCAUUGUUUAUAACCUUGUCAACGUCUUGACUAUAUUUCCUAUUCAUUUUGCAACUCAUUUCAUGUAUGUUUUCACAGAAAACAAUGACAUUUCUAAGUGACCCCAAACCUUUGAAGUAACUCACACCUUAUAGUGAGCCUUCAACAGGUUACUAUGGACCAUAGAGCAUGGAGACUCUCCUCAGUGUAUCUGAACAGGCCUAUGUAACACACCUACUGUAUGGAAGCCUUAUGAUGAUGAACAACACUUACCCAGACUCUCAGAACUGUAAGAUGAUCAACUCCUUGCUGUGUAGACUAUUAUUGAUAAGUAUGUAUUUCUUCUUCCACUUGAACCUGAGCUUCAUAUAUGAUAUCAGACUGAAUGAAAGCACUGUGGCAUGUUUUAUAACCCUUGUUCUAUGUUACUGUCUGGACACCUGUACUGCUGUUACUGUCUGGACACCUGUACUGCUGUUACUGAGUGGAUACCUGUACUGCUGUUACUGAGUGGAUACCUGUACUGCUGUUACUGUCUGGACACCUGUACUGCUGUUACUGUCUGGACACCUGUACUGCUGUUACUGUCUGGACACCUGUACUGCUGUUACUGUCUGGACACCUGUACUGCUGUUACUGUCUGGACACCUGUACUGCUGUUACUGAGUGGACACCUGUACUGCUGUUACUGAGUGGACACCUGUACUGCUGUUACUGAGUGGAUACCUGUACUGCUGUUACUGAGUGGAUACCUGUACUGCUGUUACUGAGUGGAUACCUGUACUGCUGUUACUGAGUGGAUACCUGUACUGCUGUUACUGAGUGGACACCUGUACUGCUGUUACUGAGUGGACACCUGUACUGCUGUUACUGAGUGGAUACCUGUACUGCUGUUACUGAGUGGAUACCUGUACUGCUGUUACUCUGAGUGGAAGCUGGGAUGGAGGACAUUGACAGAGUAUGAGCAGUAAUGUUGGUUUGUUGAAGAUUUUGAUAAAGUGCUUUGAGCGUGUAUGCGUGUGUGUGUGUGUGUGUGUGAGCGCCUGCGUACAUGAGUGUGUAUGUGGUUGAGGGUUGGCCAGUGGACAUUGGGUUAAGGUUGAAAGGAAGCACGUCUAACAUUAAAGGAUCUGUGUUCUGUGUUGGAAUGCUUUGAUGCAGAAGAAGACGUCUCCCUGAGUUGGAGCGGGCUCAUCUUCCUGUCAUAUCAUCAUCAGAGUGCAGAUACUACAAUCAAAGACUGAAAGACAAAGCAGCAGAACAGGAAGUAGAGGAAGUGGCUGAGCAGAACAUAGCUGUACACGUGGUGUAGAAUCAUAUUCAUGUGGGAGACCAGAGAGAGGACACUAACCCAGCUCUGUCUUUCCAGGAAGGAACCAUGGAAGAUGGAGGGAGGAAAGAGGGCUGUGGUUCUGCUGGACUACAUUGUUCUAAAUUGAACAUUGAAACUCAUCCCCCCUCUCUUUCUCCUUCCCCCUUUCCUGACUGGACUUCGGAUGGGAUAGUGUCCCUAAUUCAUAUGUCUUUCUCGACACUAAAGCGGUACGGAAUCUUUGCACGGUCAGAACAGACACAGAGGCUUUAUAGAUGCUGUGUUUUUGAUGAGACUGGAUCAGAGAUCCUUAGUUCUGUUGACUGAAGUGGAAUUUGGAAUCAGAACUGACAUUUUAUACAUUGUCUUUCUUACUCUGAGGACCGACCUUGUCACUUUGGCUGUUGUGCUAACUAACCAUUGUUUCCCCAGUGUUUUAGGGCAGAGCAGUGCUGUUGUAAUAUAGAAUUGUGAGAAGGUUUUUUACUUUGCUGGUCCUGUCUUAAAUAAAUAUUUUUUGUUGUUUUUUAUUUAAACAAAGGAA